AUGGCCACAAUAUCUGCGUUUGAGCAUCACCUGCUCUGGAAAAUAUCCCUUGUGCGUCGAGAAGGGAAACCACAAGUGACGGAGAUGAGAGGCCGAGGUUGGGUCAAAGCAGGAUUCAUGAGCAGCACAGAGCUGUUAUUUUCUGCCAGCAGCCUUGUCCCUGUAGCAGGCAGGGCAAACUCUGAAUCAUGUCACAGGAGCGCUCAGGAAUUUAAGAGGGGCCUUCCGAGACUGUCACUAUUUUGCAGGAGGAACCUGAGCAUGUACUGGAACUUUAGGUCUCUGUAAUAAAAAAUUGGAUCAAAUCGCUCUGUCGCCCGAGCACAGGGAUUUUCAAACUGGGGUCUGCGGACUUCAUUCAUGUUUCCCCAUUAAAGAUCCACCUUGAUUUUUAACUGUAUUUUUAUUGCUUCUUUUAUUUCUUAUAUUGAUCCUUAAUUAACUUUUUAUUGCUUCCUUAUCGCUCUAUGGUUUUUAAUUGCUUCACCGUUCCCUAUGUUGCAUUUUACAGCGUUGUAUUUUGAAUUCAGUGGAAUUCAGAUUGUAAUGCAGUGAAAUACAGUACAUACAAAAGAAAAGAAACAAUAGAAAUGCAAUUAAAAAUCACACAGCACUUUGAAAUUGCUACAAUGGGCAGAAAUGGUCCACUAGGACCCUCAGCGAUGAUCAAGUGGUCCCUUGGUCAGAGGGUGGGGAGUUUGUAAUUACAAAUGUCCUGGUGCAUUAAUCUGUUUUUUAAAAAACAACAACAUAUAUUUUGCACUUUGGGAAGGGAGGAGAACAUGCACUGAAAAGUGUGAGGGGAAAUAAUGAAUAACAGGAAGACGUCUGAAGACCCCAAAAACAAAUCAAGAUGAAUGCAGGAUAAAUACUCGUUGUCCAUCCCAUAAACAAGUCAGAGCAAAUGCUCAAAAAAGACCCAGCAUUCUAGCCGCACUGCAAGUUUUGUGCUAGUGAAAUGAGGGUGAAUGUUGAAUAUACAGGUUGCCUGGAGGAAAGAUUAAUUUGCUGUCAAGGCUUGGGUCUGGAAUAUAUUGUUACUGGCACUGCAGAUCCGCUGUUCCUUUGUUAGAUUGCUGGUAACAGCCCAGAAUGGUUUGCUGGUCUUUUUUUCAAUGGGCUGUAUGACAUGGUCUCCGGGUAGCUAGAAACCUCUCUCCAUUUUUGAAUGAGAAACCGGAGUUUGGAGGAGGUGGUACCCCACUGAUGAGGCAGCUAUGCAUGUGAGAUAGGGGAGCUGGCAGGUUGGUAAGGACAAUGGCCAUGUGUAUGGGUGACAGACAGACAGACAGAGACACCACAUGCAAGAAUUUCUGGAAAGCUGGAAUGGACAGUCUUUGAAGGAUCUGCUUCAUAGGAAUGUCUACUUUUGCUUUGAUGUACUCUGCAUCUUUACGUUGAUGAAUAAAGCAAAUACUUCAAGGGCACUUCCGGACUGUUGCUAUUCUUGAAUGGGAUGCAAGCACGUCCUAGCAAUUUCAGUUGUGCAAUUGUAGUUGAAUUGUGCAAGAAAACUGCUUCCCCCAAAGAUCUGGGUUUUUAUAUAUAAAAAGAGAAAGGAAAGUGAUGGGGAAAUGCCCUGGGAGGUGUGAGAUAACACUUAUGUUGAUGUAAUGUCAUCUAAACUCCCCGCAAACAAAUCAGAAUGAAUGCUCAUUGGACAGCCAUCAUUGUCUAAUCCUACAAAUAAAUCAUGACUUCCCCCAAAGGAUUCUGGGAGCCGUAGUUCAUUAAGAGUACUGGAAAACCCCUAUUCCCCUCACACAGCUACAAUUUCCUACAGAAUGGAUGAGGAAGCCAAACUAACCUCAAGACCACAUUCCCACCAUGCAUUCAAAACACUAGGCUACCACUUUAAAAAGUCAUGGCUUCCCCUGUGAGCAAAGGAUUGUGGGAGUUGUAGUCUUAUAUCAUCUGAAAUUUGAUUCAGUUCACAUUUAAAGGAGAACCUGCCUAAUUCACACUUUCCGAAGCAAUAUGCAAAUCGAAGCACCGCUGUCUUUCAAAAUCUCUGAAUUUUGCAAUGCUGUCCUCCAGCCAAGUAAUAGCAUAUUUUUCCGUUUAUUAUGUCAGUAUGGCUUGGCAAAAAUGGCCCCAUGGGCUGGUCCACCAUGCCUCAGACCAUGUGGUGGGCUUGACUAUAUUUUGGGGGGGGGGGAUGAACGAAUUCCUAUGCCCCACAAAUAACCCAGAGAUGCAUUUUAAAUAAAAGGACACAUUCUACUCAUGUAAAAACACACUGAUUCCCAGACCAUCCGCAGGCUGGAUUGAGAAGGCGAUGGGGAUGCAUCCGUCCCACGGGCCUUAGGUUGCCUACCCCUGAAAUAGACACAAGGUGGGAUGCUUGCAUGCUUUUAGGAAAUGAUCUGAUCCCAGGCUAGAGCUGUCAUCAUCUCAAUCCUGACAGCCCCAUUUGCUCUCUCUGCUUUCAGGUUGCAAAGUUCCACGCAGCAGUUUAGCACCCCAGACUGUGCGGGAAUUACUGGAACAAAAAAGGCAACAGCAGAUGGUCCUUGGCCACAGCACUGGACCCCAGGUGAGUCAUCCGCUGAAACCAGUUGCGAUUGUUCCUUGCUUCCAGCAGCCCCAUCCAGCUAGAUGUCUCCAGGAAACUCCCAAGCAGGACAGCAAGGCAGCAGCCCUCUCCUGCUGCCAUUGCUCCCCACAGCAAGCAUUCAAUGGCUGUUGCUUCUGAGCAGAGGUUCCAUGUGGCCAUCAUGACUGGUACCUGUUGACAGCUUUCUCAUCCAAUGAAUUUGUCUCAGCCUUCUAAGUUAGGGUCCGUCACCUAGGCUAGCUGCACCUGGUUUGCAUUCUUUGAGACGAGGGCUCUAGCCUUGUGUUAGAGCAUCUGUCUUGCAUGCAGAAGGCCCAGCGUUCAAUCCCAAAUAAAAUCCCCAGCAUUUCCAGGUCGUUUUCAAAUAUACACAAUUUCCCCCCAUAUAUUCAAUAAACAUUUUCCAAUCUUUUUUAAACGUUCAGUGGUGCCCCGCAAGACGAAUGCCUCGCAAGACGGAAAACCCGCUAGACGAAAGGGUUUUCCGUUUUGGAGGUGCUUCGCAAAACAAAUUUCCUAUGGGCUUGCUUCGCAAGACGAAAAUGUCUUGCGAGUUCCUGCGGGGUUUUUUUCCUUCCCCCCCCUUUUUCCCAAGCCGCUAAGCCGCUUAUCAGCUGAUCCUAAGCCGCUAAGCCGCUUAACAGCUGAUCCGCUAAGCCGCUUAUCAGCUGAUCCGCUAAGCCGCUUAACAGCUGAUCCGCUAAGCCGCUAAGCCGCUUAUCAGCUGAUUCGCUAAGCCGCUUAUCAGCUGAUCCGCUAAUCCGCUAAACCGCUAAUGGGCUUGCUUCGCAAGACAAAAAAACCGCAAGACGAAGAGACUCGCGGAACGGAUUAUUUUCGUCUUGCGAGGCACCACUGUAUGUUCUUCUUGUUCUCUUAUUCUAUAUGUUCUAUCAGUUUAAGUUGCCAUUUUUCCUUAGCUGGGACUUCGCUCGUUUUCCAUUUUGGGGCUAACAAAACAUGGGCCUCAGUAGUGGCAUACAUAAAUAACCUUUUUUGACAUCUGGGAAUUUCCGUCUGAAUUAUCCCCAUCAAAAAGGACUCUGGUUUCUUUGUUUUUGAAAUGUACUUUUAAACAUUUUUUUUCCAAUUCAUUAUGAAGUAUUUCCCAAUACUCUUUUACCCUUUUACAGGUCCACCACAUAGGAUAGAACGUACCCCAAAUGUUCAUUCACAUGGUCCCCAAUUCAUAACAUGGGAAGAAGUUGCCUUCUGCUGAGUCAGAACUUUGGUCCAUGAGGGUAGAUGGACCAUUGUUCUGACUCAGUAGAAGGUAGCUUCUUCCUACGUUAUGAAAUGGGGACCAUGCGAAUGAACAUUUGGGGUCAGAUUAAGGGGCAGCCUAGUCUAGGGUGGUGACCAUAGCAUGUUUGGAUUUAGAUUUGAUAUCCCGUUUUAUCACUACACUAACCAGAGCCAGGACUUUUUCAAAUUAAUGGCCCCGUGCCAUGAUUCUGAAUUGAUUUUAGAAUGACUUGAUUUUAGAAUGUAUUUCAAUUAAUUGAUUGUGAUUUUAUGUAAAUUGUGUUACUUUUACUGUUGUUAGCCGCUCUGAGCCUGGCUUCGGCUUGGGAAGGCGGGAUAUAAAUAAAAAUUUAUUAUUAUUAAGGAGUCUCAAAGCGGCUAACAAUCUCCUUUCCCUUCCUCUCCCACAACAAACGCUCUGUGAGGUGAGUGAAGCUGACAGACUUCAGAGAAGUCUGAGUAGCCCAAGGUCACCCAGCAGCUGCAUGUGGAGGAUCCGGUUCACCAGAUUAUGAGUCCACCGCUCUUAACCACUACACCACACUGGUCCAGACACAACCGCUUUAUUACCUUUACCAGGCUCAUUACUGAUCCUCUUUUUUUACUCUUCCUCUGCAGAUACCCCCAGGAGUUUUCGAAGCCAACCGAACAGGUGAGUGGAUAUGGACACAUUGGAAUGCUUUUCUUCCCCCAUAGAGUCGGUGCGCCUGUAACGGCUACUAACGUUCUGUCUGCACUGGUGGAGGCAGUAUGCUUCUGCGUCCCAGUUGCUGGAAACCACAGGAAGGGAGAGGUGUUCUUGAGCUUGGGUCCUGCUUUCGGGCUUCCCAUGGGCAUCUGGUUGGCCCCAGUAAGAACAGGAUGCUGGACUAGAGAGACCACUGGCCUGAUCCAGCAGGGCUUUUCUUCUGCUUCUGUAUUCUUUGCUCACCUGAGUCCCUCUUCCUAGAGCCCCCCAGAGCAGCUGAGGGAAGAGGACCUACUCCAGGACAGACAGCUGCUCCCGAGUACCCGGUCGCGGCCUUUCCCACCUGGCAGCCAGACACCUCAAGCCAAGCGGCCUUCCCUGCCGACUGCCACUACCAGCCAGUGGACCCCACCAAGAACUACCUCCUUCCACAUCCAGGGCCCCAGUAUGGCAUCAUCAACCCCUUUACUUCUUUGGAUGCCAGUGUUUAUGGGCCUGCAGGACCUAGCACCACUGAGGCAGUGUACGGUUCCAAGAUGGCGUCAGCGGUGGAUUAUGAGGUGAAUGUGGAAUUAUGAGGGGAUGUGCGUGGGUGAGGAGUGGCUCAAACUGGAGACAAGGAAAGGUCUCAUGCUAUCUAUUAGAUUGUGGGUGGACAUAGCAGACGACACAGAGAUUUCUCCAAGUAGUUCUUUAUAAGUAAGCUGGAACUGAACUGCAAACAGCUCAGCCGGCCUGCUUUUAUAGGAAGUUGGCGGUCAACAUUGUAACAACAACAACCCAGGGUUUCCCGCCUAAAUUAACUUAACGUGGACCUGAGUGAAAACUAUACAGUGGUACCUCUGGUUACAUAUGCUUCAGGUUACAGACGCUUCAGGCUACAGACUCCACUAACUCAGAAAUAGUACCUCGGGUCGUUUGCUUCAGGUUGAGAACAGAAAUCACACAAUGGCGGCGUGGCGGCAGCGGGAGGCCCCGUUAGCUAAAGUGGUCUUCAGGUUGAGAACAGUUUCAGGUUAAGAACGGACCUCCGGAACGAAUUAAGUUCUUAACCCUAGGUACCACUGUAUACACAAUACCCCUGGUGGCCAGGGUGAGAACUUCAAUACAUAACACUAUCAUCUUAAUCUGUUUUUUAAACAGCAGUUUUCCUGUUCCAAGGAAAUCCUUGGGAACGUACCUCCAUUCCCCAUUUGUGGAAUGCUUGCCCCAAGGCGGUUCAGAGUCAGAAGCUGUUCCCAAGCCUAAUUUUGGUGGGAGAAGGGGGCCCUGGAAAUGCCAGGGAACGCCUCUCUGAACAUAUAUGUGCCCACAUUGGCAACCCUGGCGUAUAUCUGGGGGGAAAGAUUGGUAAUAUUGCAAUGCCUCUUUACCAUGGUUUCUUCCACACAGACGGCAGUCUCUGAAACGGGGCCUUUGGACCUCUUCCCCGCUCCUGGGGGCGUCUGCCUGCAGCAAGAAAUGAACAACCCAUGCCUCCUUCCCGAGGAGAAUUUCCCAGCCUCAUCCAUGGAAGUGGAUCCUGGGGAACUGACCCAAGCUCGGGCAGAGAUCAGGAACACAGAACUGCCUCUUCUGCUACAUCAAGAUGAGGAUGGAGACACGUAAGUCUGUUGCCGGUGGUGAGGGCACUGAUUCCCCGCCCCCACCCCCCGGAUAUCGCUUUGAAUACCAUCCCAGUCCCCUUCGAAGUAAGGUGGCUGUGUGUCCUGUUUUAUAGCAGAUAGUCCUCUGUCUGGCCCAGGGUCACAUUCAUUUUAAAAAAUUGGUUUCCCCCAAAGAAUCAUGGGAGUUGUACUGUAGUUUGAUAUGGGUACCGGGAAAUGCAGCUGUAAACUACAGUUCCCAUGAUUCUUUGGGGGAAGGCAUGUGCUCUAAAUGUAUGAUCACAUGUGGAUAUGACCCUAGUUGGACAGAUAAAGACGAAUAACCCUAAGAAGGGAGAGUAGGGAAAUUGCCCAUGGACAAUUUAGUGACUCUGAGCAGGUAUGCCUCAGCACAGUCUUCCCCACUAUGGUGAAAUGUACUCUAUUUCUGUUUAUAGUCAUUUUUUCAAAAUUUGUUUCUUAUACACGUGUAGAUUGUUAUACUGUGUGUUUAUUACAUUUAUUUGACAUUUAGAUGCCACAUUUCUACACAUGGUUCUGUCCCCAGCUUUUAUCCUCCCAAAAACCACGCAAGGCAGGCUAAUUCUGAGAAAGAGGGAGAACCAUUGGCCCGUGUGAAAUCUAUGGCUGAGCAGGGAUCAGAACCAGGGUCUCCUUAGUCCUAGUCCGAGACUCCAGCCACUAUGUCAGGCGGUUCUCUCACAGCAUUGCCAGGGGAGAAGAGUCUUGUCUACCGACCACCAAGUUCUUAAACUAUUCCGUGCCCCUCUCCUCUUCAGGUUUCUGCAUCUAUAUGUGGCCAAAGGACACCGGCCGCUGGCAUAUGCUACCGCUGAGGUAUUUCGGGAGUGUGGCCAACUUGACGUCAAAGAGCACAGGGGGAAGGUGAGGAUGAGGCCUGGGCUUAAUUCUCCUUGCGUGGAGGAGGCACAUGAUUAUCUUUCUCCAGCUGUCUCAUAGGGUUGUCUCCAAUUAAGUCCUACGCAUAGAAUCAGAAUUGUAGGUGAAAUAUACUCGGAGUCCUGCAGUGAUUUCAUGCUCUUUUUCGCAGCUUGUAAAACAGCGAUUGAAUUUCCCCCGAAACCUUAGGCUUUUAUAUACAGUGGACGCCUGGGUUGCGAACGUGAUCCAUGCAGGAAGCACGUUCACAACCCGCAGCGCCGCAUCUGCGCGCGCACUUCUGCACAUGUGCAAGCGCCGAAACCCAGAAGUAACCCGUUCUGGUACUUCCGGGUUCGGCGCGGUGCACAACCCGAAAUCGCGCAACCCGAAGCGUCUGUACCCCGAGGUAUGACUGUACAUUAUUUACACAAUGAGUCCCGUCUGACUGGCUGAUUCUGCUUCCCUUCUGGAGCCUGAUUGGUCUUCUCCUGCAGGCCAAUCAGUUGUUGCAUUCUAUGAUCCUACCAGCCUAAUAGGCUGAUUAACUUCCUCCUGGAGCCUGAUUGGUCUUCUCCUGCAAGCCAAUCAGUUGUUGCAUUCUAGGAUCCUACCUGCCUCUUGUUCUAGGAUCCAAGCUUAGUACAUAACAGUAGGGUUGGGAGGGACCCAGAGAGGUAUCUAGUCCAACCCCCUGCAAUAGAGGAAAUACAGCUGAAGAAUCCCUGACAGAUGGCCACCCAACUUCUGUCUUAAAACCCCCAAGGAAGGAGAGUCCAUCACCUCCCGAGGGAGACUGUUCCACCGUCAAACAGCUCUUACCAUCAGAAAGUUCUUCCUAAUGUUUAGUCAGAAUCUCCUUGCUUAUCAUCUGAAUCCAGCAUACUCAUCUGAAAUUAAUGGAUCUAAAGAUAGGCUUGAUGCAUUAAUUUGAAUGGGUCUACUCUAAGUAGGACUAGCAUUGGCAACAGCCCUAUAGCAUUUAGAAUUUAUUUCAUAAGCUAUGUAUUUGCUAUGGAAUAUAUCCAAGGUCAAUCAAACGCCAGUCCAUGGAGUUAUGUCCAUUCAUUUCAGAGGGUCUGCUAUGAGUAUCUUAGAUGAAUAUCACUCUAUUCUUUCCUACAGGUAUCCAGGCAACCUAUUUGUUGUGAAUUUCACUGAUUAUUCUGAUUUCUUUUCUUGUGUGUGUUUUCAAAUGCACUUACUCUGCCAUUCUAACAGUAUAUGUACUUCAUUUCUGGUUCAUACAUGUUUAGAAAUUCAAUUUAUACUCUCUGUUAUUCCAUAUUGCAUCCUGCUGUGACAGCUAUUUUAAAACCCAUCAGGCAAUUUAUAAAAUAAAGGGAUAAAAAGUAAAUAAAUGUCAAAGAAAUAAACAACUAUUUCACAUUUAGAAGACAUCUGAAGGCAGCCCUGUUUAGGAAAGUUUUUAAUGACUGAUGUCUUAAUGCAGGCUUCCUCAACCUCAGCCCUUCAGAUGUUUUUGGCCUACAACUCCGAUGAUCCCUAGCUAGCAGGACCAGUGGUCAGGGAUGGUGGGAAUUGUAGUAUCAAAACAUCUGGAGGGCCGAAGUUGAGGACGCCUGUCUUAAUUUUUUUUAAUCUUUUGUUGAAAGCCGCCCAGAGUGGCUGGGGAAACCCAGCCAGAUGAGCACGGUAUAAAUAAUAAUAAUAAUAAUAAUAUAUUAUUAUUAUUAUUAUUAUUAUUAUUAUUAUUAUUAUUUUAUUAAAAUGCAAACUUCCCCUCUCCCAGCCCCCCAGCCCUUUCUCUUGGUUGUGCUAUCCAAGCAACUUAUCAAGGCAAUCCUAGCCCUUCUCUUCCCCUUGCAUCUAGGGCUGUCAACUACUUAUAGAUGAUCCUUUCCUAGCAGUGAUCGGCAGGUAGCAAUGGUGUGUCACCUGGUGAAAACUGCUUCAAAUCAAGCUGCUGCCAAUAGCCUAGCCAGUUGAAAAGAUCAUAGAGUUUGAAGGGACCUCGAGGGUCAUCUAGUCCAACCCCCCUGCAAAGCAGGAAUCUCAACUAAAGCAACUUUUAUCAUUUCCUUGAAGCCCUUGAUGUUGCUUUGUCAUGUCUGCCUCUUGAGAUGUUCAGGACUCCAGGCCAGUUCAGUCUUUUUAUUUGUGUCGAGCUGCUCCUGAGGAAUAAGAGUGUACCUCAGGGUGGGGAAACGAAGGCUCAGGGCCCAAAUGUAGCCCUGCAGGCAAUUUUGUCUGUCCCUCAGGAAUCUCCCCACCCCACACCUCCAGCUUUGCUCCCUGGGUGAUUUUUUUCCCUUGGUGGUGGGAGACAGGACAAACCCCAGAGGAUGAGUAGAAGUAGGGGAUAUUGGAGGGUGAGGAACAGGGGCAAGCAAGCAGAUGCACCAGCCCUGAGAAAAGACAGGAGUCAGACUUAAUAGAGGCAACACCAACACCAGCUGAUAAUGUGUCUGUUGAAAGUCUGCCAGCUCCAACUCCCAACCCUAAAACAAGAUGAUUCCUCCACGUAACAGAACAGAAAGCUGAGCAGAAACAGAGAGGAUCCCUUGGGACUUACUGUAGGCAGAAGGAGGGAGGGAUCUGAUUAUUAUUAUUAAUAAUAAUAAUAUAUUUUUACCCUGCCCAUCUGGCUGGGUUUCCCCAGUCACUCUGGGUGGCUCCCAUCAUCAUCAUCAAGCGAUAAAACAUCAAACAUUUAAUACUUCCCUAAACAGGGCUGCCUUCAGAUGUCUUCUAAAAGUCAGAGAGUUGUUUAUUUCCUUGAUAUCCGAUGGGAGGGCGUUCCACAGGGCAGGCGCCACUACCGAGAAGGCCCUCUGCCUGUGGCUUCACUUCUUGCAGUGAGGGAACUGCCAGAAGGCCCUCGGCGCAGGACCUCAGUGUCCCUCCCUGUGAGAAGCCAAGUUACAGGGAACCAGGCAGAGGGCCUUCUCGGUAGUGGCACCCACCCUGUGGAAUGCCCUCCCACCAGAUGUCAAAGAGAAAAACAACUACCAGACGUUUAGAAGACAUCUGAAGGCAGCCCUGUUUAGGGGAGCUUUUAAUGUUUAAUAGAUUAUUGUAUUUUAAUAUUCUGUUGGAAGCCGCCCACAGGUGGCUGGGGAAACCCAGCCAGAUGGGCGAGUUUUAAUUGUUGUUGUUGUUGUUGUUGUUGUUGUUGUUGUUGUUGUUGUUGUUAUCUCUCUGCUCUUCACUAAAUGUGCCUCUUGUCCAGCUCCCCUGUGACACCUUGCAGUCCACUAAUGCCUCUUGUUUGUUGGGAUGGGGGAUGGGUGUGCAGAAACUUAGCCUAUGCUACAAAGAUGAUAUUUGCAUUCAUUGCUCCACCCACUUUUGCCUAUGGCCCAUCCCACCAUUGGCAUGUGGCCCUCAGAAGGUUGCCCAAAAGGAAAUGCGGACGUCAGGCUGAAACACGGCUGGUGUAUAUCCAUUGAAGUAGUGAAUGCUCCCUUCCGUCAGCUGCUGCCUGUCGCCUAUCAACUGCUGCCCUAGAUAGCUGCCUAGAACCAGGCGCCUGGCAAGGCUGAGCUCUGCCACUCCCAGCCGCAGCCACUCACUGCUAUUCCUCUCUGUGUGCCCAGACUCCGCUGCUAGUGGCAGCUGCAGCAAAUCAGCCUGGGAUCGUGAAGGACCUAAUCAUCCUGGGAGCGGACGUCAACGCUGCAGACCAGAAGGGGCAGACUGUGCUGCACCUUGGUGCCACCUAUGGGCUGCCCAGUGUCAUUGAGGUGAGUGUCCCUAUUGCAUGGCCAACAUUUAAGAAUGAUGGGAGUUGCUACCCAACAAAACCUGAAGCGCCACAGGGGAAGGGCAUAGCUCAGUGGUAGAGCACCUGCCUUGCAUGCAGAAGGUCUCUGGUUCAAUCCCAGGCAUCUCCCAGUAGGGCUGGGAAAUCAGGGGCCUAGGAAGUGGGGCGUGGGAUGUGUGGUCCGCCCUGAGUCUCAUCCUUGAGGGGGGUGACAAAAUAGCACACCACGGGGAGCGGCACUUACCACGGGGCCUGGCCUGUAGCACACCCAAGCCACACUUCUCUCCUGGGAGUGACACAGUGGCUCGGGGCCCCACUCUGCCCGAAAUUGCAGCAUGGGGCUUGGGUCCGCCAGGCGGACUCCGUGGGCAGCUCACCACACCGCCCUCAUGCACAUAUCGCCCUGCCCCCACUGCUCCGGGUGCCGGAGCUAUGCCCUUGUGGGAAAUAUUCCCUGCCUGGAAUCCUGGAGAGCCUCUGGCAGUCACUGCAGGCAAUAUUAAUGGCCUGAUUCAGUACAAAGCAGCUGUCUAAGGUCCCAUCGCUGCUAGCAAGGCCAGCCCUAUCAUCAGGCAAACUGAGGCAAUUGCCUCAGGUGGUAAAAGCUCAAGGGCAGCAGCCGGGCCAUUCCUUCAGAAGAAGAAGAGAGUUUGGGUUUGAUAUCCCGCUUUAUCACUACUCAAAGGAGUCUCAAAGUGGCUAACUUUCUCCUUUCCCUUCCUCCCCCACAACAAACACUCUGUGAGGUGAGUGAGGCUGAGAGACUUCAGAGAAGUGUGACUAGCUCAAGGUCACACAGCAGCUGCAUGUGGAGGAGCAGAGACACGAACCCAGUUCCCCAGAUUACGAGUCUACCGCUCUUAACCACUACACCACACUGACUCUCCACUGUAGCACCCAGCCACCACCAACUCCAACUCCCAUGAGCCAGCAGGGCCAAUAGUUGGGAGUUGGUGGAAGCUGGACCUCAUGGCACCUCAUCGCAGAGUUCAAAUUACAGCAGCGUUUCCGUCAAUUGUUCCUUUUAUACACCUGCAAAUGUUAGCAGCACGAUAGCACAUACAGCAGGCCAUGCUUCCCCAUCACUUGAUCUCCACGCAUGGACAAUGGGUAUCCGAUAAAAUACUAUUUAUUCAUUUAGGAGUACUGUAUUUAUAGCCUGUUGACCAACUGAUGUUCUUGAGGCAGCUUACAGCGCCUUUAAAACACAAUGAAACAGGCUGUGAUGCAAUAAUCACUACAGCAGGGAAAAGGUCUACAGUGGUACCUCGGGUUACAUAUGCUUCAGGUUACAUACACUUCAGGUUACAGACUCCGCUAACCCAUAAAUAGUUCCUCGGGUUAAGAACUUUAGGAUGAGAACAGAAAUCAUGCUCCGGCGGCGCGGCAACAGCGGGAGGCCCCAUUAGCUAAAGUGGUGCUUCAGGUUAAGAACAGUUUCAGGUUAAGAACGGACCUCCGGAACGAAUUAAGUUCUUAACCCAGGGUACCACCGUAUAUGUUUAUAGUCAUCUUCCUGCCCUUUUCCUCUGCUUUUUCAACAAAUACUGUUGAAGUGGCUAGGUGUUAGAGCCACUCAGUCCAUGGCCAACAUCUACUUGCUGGGCUUUCUUUAGGUUGGGAUUUAAUCUGUUCUAAGCACAUGUCAGAAUGACGAUCUCUUCUGGAUUCUUUCCCAGGCCGUCAUGGUGACUGGUAUCCCAGUCAAUGUCGAUGCUAGAAAUUUCGAAGGUAAGGUGAUGGGAGAGUGCUGUGUAUUCCCAGAAACAUUUUCAAGUUGUGAAUGCAUAUUAUUUUGCACACUGCUAAUGCGUGGAGUCUUUGACAUCCCUUUCUGCACUGUUCCGGUAGGUCUGACCCCCUUGCAUUGCGCUGUCAUAGCUCACAAUGCUGCCUUCCAGUCCCAAAGCAUGGAUCCGUUGUCUCAGCAGCAGCUCCAGAACUUCCUGCUCUGUAUUCGCUUGCUCCUCGAACUCGGGGCCAACUACAAGAGCCAGGUAGGUGGGUGGGUAGGCUCUGAGGAAGGGUUCCUUCUCCCCAGGCCAGGAGACCAAGGUGGCCACUUCUGCAUCAACCAAAAAGAGAGCAAAAGAAGGAGACAUAGCAAAGCAUUUGCGGAAUUUGGCUAUUGUUGCCAUAAUUAAAAUAGAAAAAUAGAUCUUGCCAUGGUGGGGAAGAAUGUGACCAUGCAAUGUGUGUCGGGAAUCAAGCCUUUAUCAGGAGAAACUGGCCACUCUCCAGGCACCCGGCUUGAUCUCCUGUUGACCUCCCUGUCUGCAUUCCCCAGCAGGAUACAGGCUAGGUUGCGAUAGGCGAUCCUUCUCAGCGUGAGAAGAACACCCCCCCUCUUUCCUGCCCCCCCCGGGCAGGGGAAAGAGAUAGACAGAAACGUAUUUACAUUCCUUUAUUUCUGUCUUUGCAGCGUUACGAAAAUCAUGACUGCUCUCUUCAAGCUCCAGCAGUCAAGAGACAAACUCCUCCUGUACAUCCUGUACAGCUCAUAUUACACUCUGAGCUAAUUCCGGUGCCCUCUGCACUGUGAAUUGACUGUCCCUCUGUUUCCCACGGAACAGUCCCAACAUUCCCAUUAUGUUUUGCUUUCAAGCUACCAGCAGCUCGCGGCUGCAUUGAUUCAAUAUCGUAACAAUGUGUACCCCUUAGGGUGCGCUGCAAUCCUCCAGAUGGCCUGUUUAUUGAGCAUUCACCCUGAUUUGUUUGCACAAAGCUUACACGGAGGUUAGGCUGCGACCUGUCUUUACUGGAAAUUCCUUCUGAUUUAUUUAACAAUUAGCACUAUUCAUUUGCUGGUGUUUUCCCAUUUGUUCCUCUUACACUUUUCGGUGACUUUCCUCAUCACUUUCCUAACUGCAAAAAGUCUUUUUUUUAAAAAGUGGAUUUGUUUCACCAGGGCAAGACAAUGCUUUAAUUCAUUUUAAUUGCAUAAAUCUAGAUUUCUCGUGUACACUUCAAGCUCUCCCACUGACAUCAUGACAUACUGACAUUAUGGAAGCAUUUCUAAACAGGACUGGCAAAGUGCCUUACCCUGAGUCAGACCAUUUGUUUAUCUGACUCAAUAUUGUCUACACUGGCAGGCAGCUGCUCUCUAGAAUUUCUCCCCCAGUGCUACCAGGAGGUGCCAGGGAUUGAACCUGGGAUUGUCUGCAUGCAAAGCAGAUGUUCUCCCACCCAGAACGGUUCAACGAUAAGACUCUCUUUUGUGAUUAGCCAAGAAAGCUUGGCCAGCCCAUCUGGCCUCCUGACAGUUUCCUCCCUUUUCUAGGAACUGAAGAGCAGCAAAACCAUUCUGCAUUUGGCUGUCCAAGCUGCAAACCUGCCUUUGAUCCAGUUCCUUCUCCAGCUUCCUGAAGGAGAACUCCAGAACUUUGUCAAUAUGAAGGUGUGCUUCUGGGUUUUCUCUGCUAGGGGGCGCUGUUGCCCAAGGUUGGGGAUAGAAAGGAGUUUUUUUCAUUAUGGUGUUGUUGUUGUUUUGUAUCAUGAAAGGCAGAACAGUGGGUAGAACUGGUGGCCCUCGGAGAGCAGAUCAAGCCUGCUCAGCACCUUGCAACAGAGGGCCCAGCUCUGAGAAUCACAUGUCACUUGAGGUCAUUUGGACCGUAGCAGCUGACAUGCAGGUUUUUGUCUACGUCAAUUGCAGCUUUGGGACUUUAGGAAAGGGAGAGGGAAAGUUUUACUUUUUCUUCCUCCCUCUCUCCCAUGGUCCCAAUAAAGAUGAUCUCUCCAAUGCUGCUGUUUGCAUUGCCAGGGGAGCGUGCGACUCUUAAUCUUAGGGUCAUGGGUUCGAACCCCACGUUAGGCAAAAAGAUUCCUGCAUUGCAGAGGGUUAGACUAGAUGACUCUGGUGCAUAGCUGUCAACUUACAGAUUUGAAAAUAAGGGACCAGCAGCCUCAAAAAUAAGGGAUCAGCAGCCAAAAUAAGGGAUUUUAGUCAACUAGCCGAAAUACGAAGUUAAAGGGACCAGAUAAUUUGGGAGAGCAGCGCCGGUUUUUAGCCCUUCAUUUCCAGAGGUUGCUGCUCAAGACACCAGCUGAUGAAACACUGCAAUUAAAUAACUACAAGCAGCAACCACUUUUCCCGCAAAACGAAGUCCAAGCUACGAAGAUGCUGCUGCAGUUUUGUAUCUUUUCUCCCGUGCUCCAUCUGCAGCUCUCAGUUCCAUCAGGCGGGGCGGGAGGAAGAGGGGGGGGGAAAUAGCGCCCGAAGUAAACCCGCAGAUCAGACCAUCUAUGCUAGUCUACCACUACAAAUCUAUGGAGGAAGCGCUUGCGGUCCUUCCUCCGUUUUCCCCCUCUAUGGUUAGCCCUUGGAACACCUGCCUGCGCCUCUGCCUCCUCUCUCUGAACUGCUUUCUCUAUGGUUGCCCUCGCUCUCCUCUCAAGGCUCCUCAGCAAUUCAUAGGCUGCGCCAGGCUGCCCAUCUCAUCCAGCUCCUUCAGCGGUGCAGCCGCAGUACGGCCUAGUGGGAGUGGCGGUGGCGGGCAGAGGGGAGGCCCCAGGCAGAGACGCUCAGUUCAGCGGCCGCGAGAAGGAUGGCAGCGGAAGGGCCUGAGGCUCCCGCCAGUCCCGGCGGGGAGGGGCUCCCAGGGGCCGAGGCUGGUGAGAGAAGGCCAGAGGGGGGCAGGCUGGGCAGCCAAGCAACACAGUUGGAGCCUCCCUCCUCCCUGGCCGGCAGGGAGGGAGGGAGAGGAGCUGCUUCCUUUGAAACCCGGGGAAUUUAAGGGACAUCAUCAAUAAGGGACAGCAGCAGGACACGGCGCUGGGAUAAGGGACUUUCCCGCCAAAUAAGGGACGGUUGACAGCUAUGCUCUGGUGGUCCCCUCCAACUCCACAAUUCUAUGCCAUUGAUGCCAAUGGAUGCUUCCCUUGAAAAGUGAAGAGGAAUAUUGAGGAGGUGAUUCACACCUGCCGUGGCCCAAAGGCUGCUCCAGCUUCCCCAGGACUGAUCCUGAGUAGCACAGAGGCUCAGCUAAAAGGGGAGAGGCAGAAAUGGCAUGUUAAACAAGUGUGCUGCUAAGGUGUCCUGUUCCUCAGGGAUGUAAGAAGCCAUCGUUUUCUGUUCUGCCUUGGAAGUCGAAUGGAAUCUGUUCCAGAAGUCCAUUCGACUUCCAAAACGUUCUGGCCUUGCAGAACGCAAAGGAAACACAGUGCAAGUGGGGGGGAGGUUAAUGUAAUCAAUUACAUGUCACUUGUGGACUGAAAGCAACAGGAAACAGCAAAUGCCCAUUGUAUUCACUGGACUGAGUUUCCUUCUGGCUACGGGAUGAAGAAAUGAACAUCGGCAAUUUCUGAUUCCAUUUCUUUCUCUGACAUGUCCGUCAGCAUUUUCUGGAACUUUGGAAAGAGUUGCAAUGGACCUGAGGAACUGCCUUGACCAUAAGCUGUCAACGUUUCCCUAUUUUUAAGGGAAAUUCCCUUAUUCCGAAUAGGAUUCCUCACAAUAAAAGGGAAACGUUGGCAGCUAUGGCCUUGACCCACACAUCCAUGUGCAGCAAUUGUACUCCCUAGAUGGGGUACUGCUGAGAGUACCACAUGCCCCAGAGAUGAGCUGAGUGUGCCCUAGAGGCCAGGAUUUUAGUGUUGCAGGUCCAGCCGCCUGGAAUCAGUUAUCAGCUGAAAUCUGGCAAACACCUAGCCUUUUAGCAAUUAGGGGGCUGUUGAAGACAUUUUUUUCUUUAAGAAGCCUUUCCCAAAGUGUGAUGCAGUUGCUUAUGUGAAAAAAAACAACAGUUUCACAAUGGUAGAAAUUGCUUUACUGCUUUUAGCAUCGCUGAGUUUGCAAUCUUUUUGCAUUUUGUCUUAUUUUAUUGCACACUGCUUCAGUAAGUUUGGGUUAAUAAAUCUGCAAUAAAUGGAUAUUAUGCAGGCUAACUUGGAGGGGAAAUCUCUGUUCUCAGGCCCACGGGAACACCGCCUUGCACAUGGCCGCUGGUCUGCAUGGACACCCCUUUCAGGAGCAGAUUGUGCGCCUCCUGCUGCAUCACUGGGCUGAUCCCAGUGCGCGGAACCUGGAGAACGAACAACCAGUUCACCUGUUGGCACCAGGGCCAGCGACAGAACAGGUCAGCUUGGGGAGGAUCUAUGGUUGGUGGCAGUGGGCAGGGGGAGCUAAAUUUAGUUCACUUGCAACACGCAGCUCAAAAUGCAGCUGUCCUGAGAAAUUUGCACUUCUCCGAAUUCUGCGGUGGAGUUCUCCCACCUGCUCAAAAAAUGCAUAUGUUAAGCGAAAGGGGGCAUAAGAAAUUGUGUGCUUAGAGGAACUAACGUACCCCGAGAAAAAAUGCAUGACAUUAGGGGAAAUUGCUUGGGGGAAAAUGUGUAUGCUGAAUGAAAAUCGCCUACAGAAAUGUCUGCGUUGGGAGAAAUGCACACUAAGAAGCUGGUGGAUUUUCAAGUGGAUUUAAAUAAACCAGUAGACUGAUGCAAAAAAGUGGAGAACUGAAGACUGGAAAGAUGAGAAGCUGGGAGAAACCGAAAUGGGCAGAUCUGUUCAUCCCUAGCUGCAUCAGGACAGGGAAGAGCUUUGCUUCAUCUUUGAAUGAUUGUUGUCUCCUUCCCUCUGCAGCUACGCCUGUUGCUUAGGAGUCGCCGUUUGGGCCCCGGACCAGCUCAUCUCCCCCCUUUCCCAUGA